AUGUCCGUAAACGAGCUUGCAUCCACUCGUCCAUUCUUCACAAAGUCGAUCCAUCGCGAGGUUUACGACGCAAUUGACCCGACAAAACCUUCACUCGCCUUGCCAGGCAAGACUGUGCUCGUGACAGGUGCAGCCCGUGGUAUCGGCAUCACGAUUGUCGAAUCCUUUGCCAAAGCACACGCAAAGACCAUCAUCCUCGUCGGACGCUCCGCCUCUGCGCUUUCAUCUGCACAGACAAAGUUUGAGCAAUCGUUUCCAGACGUUCACUUCAUCGCCGUUCCAACGGAUAUUGGCGAGCCACAGAGUGUCGAUGCGUUGUUCGCUGGAUUGAAGACGCAAGUCGACCAUAUCGAUAUCCUGGUUAACAAUGCCGGUGUGUUGAGCGAGUACGGACCCAAGACGGGGGAUUCAGACGUUGACAAGUGGUGGACGGAUAUGGUUAUCAACGCUCGUGGACCAUAUCUCCUUGCUCGUGGUCUUAUCAAAUUCAACGCUCCAGACUCACCAGCGACGUUUAUCACGCUCACGACGGGUGUCGCCGAACCGUUUACCAAUAUGAACGGGUACUUGCAUAGCAAAGUUGUUGGAGUAAAGCUGGUCCAGACUCUUGACGCAGGUGUGCAUACCCAAACGGUCCGCCGGCUCAUGGGACUCUGUGCUGAUCGAGAGUCGACAGAAUACCCGAACCUGCGCACCUUUGCUGUCAUACCAGGCCUCGUUGAAACGGAUAUGUUGCUAGAAGCAAUGCGUGGUAUUCCACUUGACCAGGCGAGCCUCGUCGGAGGCGUUUCGGUAUAUCUGAGCCAUCCGCAUGCAGAUUUUCUCUCUGGACGUUUUCUCGAUUCACGUUGGGAUAUCGACCAAGUUGUCGAGCGCAAGGAAGAGAUUGUCCAAAAUGACCUUCUCAAGCUCAUGAUUGCCGGUUACUGA